UACAUAACUUUUGUCUCACACAACUUGCAGCAACCCUUCAGUGUAUCCACUUCAACGCUUGCCCAAACGUUAGACGCAUCCCAGAGAAAUGAAGGUUUUGGUUCAAGUUUUGCUUCUCGCCGUGGCUGUAUAUCCAUCAUGUCUUGGUAUUGAUGUGGUAUCCAAAGUGAAUACAACCCAGUAUCUUGGGAGGUGGUACCAGAUGUACUCAGACUUAACAGUGAUGUCUACAUUUGAGCGAAACGGUGUUUGCAUCUGUGCUGAUUAUACUCUGAGGAAAGAUGGUAAGAUUGGAGUUUUGAACAGCCUGCGUAUCAAGACACCAACAGGAGAACUGAAGCAGAUAACUGGAUACGCCUACACCCCCGACCCAAAGGUACCUGGAAAACUGAAGGUUCACUUCGAUGUCGCUCCUGUUGAUGGUUCCUAUUGGAUUGUUAAGCUUGGCCCACAGACUUUCGGAUCUGACAAGCAGUAUCAGUAUUCAAUCGUCACUGAUAGUUUACAGUUAUCCAUGUUCGUGCUGGCAAGAGAUCCAGAAGCGUUUACUAAAGAAUACGAUGAAGAAGUUAAGACGUUCCUGAAAAACAAUGGCUUCACACGGUUCUACAAUAAACCACUUGCAACCCUUCAAAGCAAGGAAUGCGAGUAUCCAACACCACCCACUAGUAUCUAUCAGACUGCGGAGGAAUACUUGAACAAGCUGUAAAAACACAUUUACCCUGGCCAGUCAUUAACACUGAAAACAUGAAAUAUUAUACUACAUCUCAGUUAAAGAUUGUGAAAUAAAUGAUAAUUUGAAUCACUUAAAAA